GUGCUGACCCCAGCACAAAUAAAAUCAAUUUGCCUGGCCAUACUAGAAUCAGGAAAGCAGUACGCGGUGAAGAAGAGGAAACCAUUCCCACUCAUGUAUUCCUACUAUGGAACAGAGUAUCUUGGUGCAGCACAUGGGCUUUCGUCAAUCCUUCAGAUGUUGCUUUCCUACUAUGAGUACCUGCAGCCAGCAGAUCAGGAGCUUGUGUGGCAGAGUGUUGAUUUUCUUAUGGACCAAGAACAGAACAGCAACUGGCCUCCUGAGCUGGGAGAGACAAUCGAGCGGGAGAAUGAGCUUGUGCACUGGUGUCAUGGAGCCCCAGGCAUUGCAUAUCUGUUUGCCAAAGCUUACCUGGUUUCCAAGAAGCCUCAAUAUCUGGACACUUGUAUCCGCUGUGGAGAGCUAACUUGGCAGAAAGGCCUGUUGAAGAAGGGACCUGGAAUAUGCCACGGAGUAGCUGGUAGCGCUUAUGUGUUCCUGCUGCUGUAUAGGCUCACUGGAAACUCCAAAUACAUAUACAGGGCACAAAGGUUUGCAGAGUUCUUAUUUACAGAAGAAUUUAAGGCUGGUUCCCGGGCAUUAGAAAGUGUAUAUAGCCUGUAUGAAGGUUUCUCAGGAACUGUGUGUUUCCUGACUGACUUGCUGCAACCCAACCAAGCUGAGUUUCCUCUCUUCAGUGUCUUUGUCUAGGAAGUAACAUUCUCCAGGGCCAC